AUGUGGGGACUCUGUCCUCAGUUAGCAACCCUACGAAUUGUAGGAAACAACCUGACUGGCAGCAUCCCACCUGAGAUCGGCAAUGCAACCCAAAUUCAAGAACUCAAUCUUUCUUCAAAUGGUUUAGUUGGGGUGAUUCCAAAUGAGAUUGGGAGAUUGACUUCUUUGCAGCGUCUGAAUUUGGAUGGUAAUCAACUUUCGGGUCACAUACCUUCAGAAUUUGAUUCAUUGAAGGAUCUUGAAUAUCUUGACCUGUCAACCAACAAAUUUAGUGGGUCAAUUCCAAGCAUUUUAGGUGACUUUUCUAAAAUACACUACUUGAAUUUGAGCAACAACAAAUUCAGCCAAGAAAUUCCAUUUCAAUUGGGGAAAUUAGUCCACCUGUCCCAGCUAGACUUGAGUCAUAAUUCACUUGAGGAUCAGAUACCAUCAGAAAUGAGCCAAAUCCAAAGCUUGGAGAUUCUGAAUCUUUCCCACAAUAAUCUUUCUGGUUCAAUACCCAAAAGUUUCGAACAAAUGCACGGCUUGAUUCAAAUUGACAUGUCCUACAACCAGUUGCAGGGUCCCGUCCUCAACAACAAAGCAUUUCAAGAUGCUCCUUUGGAAGGCAAUGAAGGACUGUGUGGCAAUACUGCAGGACUUCAACCCUGCCCCUCCAUGGAAAAUAAGCGUGCCACUAAAAAGGAUCGAAGACUCGUGUUUAUAAUUGUUUUCCCUGUUUUUGGGACACUUUUACUUUUACUUGCCUUCCUUGGAAUUGCCUUGGUUAGGCAAAAAAGAAACAAAGUGCAAGAUACAGAGCAGAGCAAUGUGCCGCACAAAGAAGUUUUUUCCAUAUCUGAAUUUGAUGGGAGAGGAAUGUAUGACAAAAUCAUCAAGGCAACCAAUGAUUUUGAUGCUCAAUAUUGCACCGGAAAGGGAGGAUCCAGAAGUGUCUACAAGGCAGAGCUGCUAUCAGGUAGCAUUUUUGCAGUGAAGAAACUCCGCCCAAUACUUGAUGGUGAGGAGUCGUCUGGGAAGGAAUUCCUUGAUGAAAUAAGGGCACUAACAAAAAUACGGCACCGGAACAUUGUGAAACUUCGUGGUUUCUGUUCACACGCCCAUCACUCAUUUUUGGUCUGUACUACCUAG